ACAUUUCCCUUUAAAUGUUCCACCCACAGGCUUACUUGGAAAUCAGUUUCACUUAGCAGGAAAUCUCUCACUGUUUCACUUGCGACUUUGCUGCGGCUUCUCUUUGGACUUUAUCCUCCUCUUAAACAUGGCUUAUUUUAAAAUUCUUCUGUUUUUGUGUCUAAUUUCUGAGUUAACAGCUCUUCAGCAGGAUGUUCAGGUGAAGCUUGGAGAUGACGUCACUCUCCAGUGUCAGAUUUCCACGGAUGAAAUAAUCUCAGUGCUGAAGUGGAGCAGAUCUGACCUGAUCACAGACGGCUACGUCUACUUCUACAGGAACAAACGCUCCUAUGAAAACUACCAACAUCCAUCUUUUCAUGGCCGAGUGAAGCUGAGGGACCCGGAGAUGAAGGAUGGAGAUGUUUCUCUGAUCCUGAAGAACGUCACGUUUAAUGACACUGGGAUGUAUGAGUGUCACGUAGCAGUGAGGAACCCUGUGAGAAGUAAAAGAGUUCACACUGAGAUCAGUCACUUCAUUGACCUCACAGUCACAGCUGCAACACAUGAAAUCUUGUCAGAGAAACGAGUCAUGGAAAAAGGAGAUGCAGAUGGAAACAUGGAUGAUGCUGAAAGGGUUGGACCUCCAACUCUUCAGGUUGUUGCUCCCGUUGUUGUUGUUGUUGUUGUUGCUCUUGUUGCCAUUGGUUUUGUGGUACAGCGACAAAUUCUUCAACAUAAGAAGCAACGUCCAGUCAAGCUUCCUACUGAGGACUCAGCUGAAGUGCAAUGAAGCGCUUAUAGAAAUAUAAAAGCUUUCUUUAGGAAAAUUAAAGCACUGACACGCACGUUGUUUCAACAUAAACACAUUUUAUUACAUUUAUUUAUACACAGCUUUUAACAAAUUUAUUAGACCACCUUCACCCAGCAACACAAACUCCUCCAAUACGAGUGAGGUCUUGACUCAUAUAAUAUAUAUAAUAUCAUUUUGAAUAAAAAGCCACCAGUGUGUUUCUGAUGGACAGAAACACACUGGUGCUUUUCUCCACCAGGGGAAUUCACAAUGACUAAAUUUGAAUACAUUUGUUUAGCUCUGUAAAAACACAAGAACAGGACCACAGUCACUGAAUGCACCUUGAAAAAAUAUUCCCAUAUGCAUUUAUUGAGCCAUAAAUGCAUCCACACACACACACACUCGUCUACUUCACUCUUAGCCUGUUUGUGGUUUGAGUGAAAGGAUGUUUUUCUGAUUGUUUUCUUAUUUUUUCCUUUUGUUUGUGUUUUUUGGAUUAAUAUUACAAAAUUCUGAGGAAAAACCCAGAUGGCAAAAGUUUGUUGAAAACCUACCGAUGACCAGCAUUUAGUGCAGCCCUGAGCUUUAGUGUAAAAGCUGGGAUUCAUGGUUUUCACACAUAAAUUGGCCACCAGAGUCCAGACCUUUAUUCUUAAGUGGGAAUCUUUGGGAAGUGCUGGAGAAAAAUGCUUUGAACUGCAGACUGAAAUAGUGAUCAGGUCAAAGUUUUAUUUGUUACAACUGCUGCAGAACACUGAGAUGUCCCAAAGCUUGAGGAUGAAGGCAUGAAAAACACCACAUUUAUUUGACACCAAUAAAAAAAACCUUAAAUAAGUAAUUAAAGAAAUGUAUUGUGCACUGGGUAAAAUAACUGAUGAAAGUAACUGUGAAUAUCUCUGAUCAGGUUCAAUGAAUAACUUUAAAAAUGAGGAAGUUCCUGAUGUGCUGAUGGCAGCAUGACUAUACAGAAAUGCAAACCAGGAAGUUAAACGCUUUUCUGCAUCAACACAAACUGACUGAAUGAUAAAGAGUCAAUAUUUGCACAUGUGCAGGUCUACUGUAAACACUAAAGUACAUUUAAUAUGAAAAAUACUGUUAAAAGUAAUUUAUUAAAAUAUCUGUGUCAUCCUCUGUUUUUAACAGUUUUUAUAAUAAUAAUGUAUUUACUUUUAUUUUACCAGAAGGUACCAUUGAGACUGUAUGUUUUAGACAUGAUAAAUGUCCAACAUCUCCACAAUGAAAUGAAAACAGUUGUUUUAUUGUUAUGCCAUGAUAUACCCUGAUGCUAAUAUAAUCAGAGGGAUUGUUAAAGCUCCAUGUGAACUAAAGCAAACAUGAAUUAAAUAAUGCAAACAAAUGUGUACUGAACAAUCCCACCCUGCAAAAUAAAUAGGAAGAAAAAAGCGUGUAACACUGAUAAAAAUCCUAAACUUAGACUUUUCUGUUCACUGCUGCUCAAAAUUAUAACUGUUGUUUUUGUGUUAACACUAAGUUAUUGUUUGAACCAUCGUGAUGAAGUAAAGUCAUUCACACUAGUGCUGCUCUGUGACAAUGAAUGGAUGUUGAACUUGGCGUGGACGAUUUGUGAACAUUUGCACUGCUGAUUUUGUGUGUGUUUAAAUAUGCACUAAAUAUACUUGUAAUGAUUUUGGUCCAUGCACUCAGAAAAACA